CUAGGCAGAGAAUAUUUCUAAUUCAGAGUUUUAAAAUAGUAUUACAAAAUUUAUAAUAUUCACUUCCCCAAUUUAAUUAGAAAUAUAUAUAACAAGAGGAAGUCGGUAGAUACAUAGUGUUGGGUCCAAAGCCACAGAGACAAGACCUGAAUCAUCUGAAUAUUUUAACUCUCAGACAACUUGGGCCCUCAGGGAGAUGUCAGGAAUAGAAGAACAUCCCUUUCUUCCUUCUUCCCUAUUUCAAUCACUUCUCUUGCUCCCCUCAUUUUCAACUAAAUAGAAACCCUCCCUUCUUCUUUUUUGAAAGGUAUUUCAUGGUUAUCUAAGCCCAGAGAAGACACCAACACAUACUUGCUUGACUUCUUUGCAAGAUGAGGGAUGAAUGGGUUGUCCCAAUGCUUCCUCUUUUGCUUUUCUUUUAUGGUGUAACUCUAGAGUCUUACUCAAAGCAAGUAACUUUCUCUCAGAAGCUUAACUCUCAAAAAGUUAGCUGAUUAUGAGCAAGAAUAAACUUUCUGCUUAAGGAAACAACAUAUAAAAUGGAGCAAGUCUAUGUAUUCACCAGAUCACUGUCUUGAGCAGUGCUCAAGACAACAUUAGGUUGUUAUGAGGCCAGCUAUCACUAAGGCCUCAGUAGUGUAUUGUGACUGAUUGAUGACAUCACAGUCCAUGGACCCAGCCAGUAUUCAUGAUACUGAAGUAUUGCUAAAGCCCAUAAUCUAAGGUGAUUCCUUUACACAGAGAAUAUUUUAUUAUUAAUUUGAAUUUUUAUUCUUGCACUUGAAAUUUGAACUUUUAUUCUUGCACUUGAUAGCAAAAUGAGAGCUGAUAUGGAUUAAAUAAAGGAAAUCCUUCUAAUAUAUCUAUGAACACUUCAUUCCUCAAUCUCCCCAAUGGUGAGAAUACAGCUGUACCACAGAGGGUUAGAAUAAACACCAUGCUUGUCUCAUAGAAAAAGUAAAAACCAUAUCUCAUCACUAUCAUUUACAGUGUGUAGAACCUUACAUGAUAGGCAUGUUGGAAUGUGGGUACAGGUCUGAGGACCUCUCAUUCAUCCACAAACACCUAUUGAAUUUCCUUGCAGCUGGCAAAAAUCUCAUGUAAAUUCCUGGCCAGAAUAUCUAUUCUGUCACUUUUUUCUCACCAUUUCCAUGUUGGCACCAUCAUUACACUUCGAUUUUUUAAGGAUUUCUGUUCUCAUCAAGCCCAUAUUUCUCCCUCUACUUGAUUCUGCUCUUUAGCCCAAUUUGAUGUUGAAAAACAUACAGGUCCUAUACAGAGUUUGAGCUCUGAGAAAGCCUUAUAUUUUUUUUACUCCUACCGACUUUGCAAUGCAUUUUGUCUUUGAGGGUCCAUAUAUUUUAUCAUUAUUCUUUUGCUGUUGUUUUGGAACAAGGGAUUUAACCCAGGGAUGCUUAACCUCUGAGCCACAAUCUUCCCCUUUUUAUUUUUCAUUUUGAGACAGGGUCUUGCUAAGUUGCUUAGGUUCUUGCUAAAUUGCUGAGGCUGGCUUUCAACUUGUGAUACUCCUGCCUCAGCUUCCUUAGUGCUGAGAUUACAGGUGCAUGCUACAAUCCCCAGCAUCAUUACUCUUAAUAAUUAUCAUAGCUUAGCCUUAUUCAUUCUCCUUUACCGACAUAGCCUCACUACUCUGGGUGUUCUUUCAUUUACCAUGGCCACUGAGUAGGAGGAAUAUUUAUCAAUAAAAAUUGUAGCCUCUAAACUAAUUUAAAAUGUAAAAUACAAAACAGUUACUCUCUUGCAUGUGACACCAUGAUUCUCAGUCACACAAUAACAAAUGGUAAAUGCUAAUCAAUUCUCAAGUAUAUUCCAUUGAAAAUCUAUAUAAGUGGUUAAUUGUGCAAAUAUGUUUAUUUAUUUAUUUCACAUUUUGAGAUAGGAUCUUUUUGUUGCUUUUGACCUUGCUAAAUUUCUUAGGGGCUUUGCUAAGUUACUUAUGGCCUUGCCAAGUAGGUGAGGCUGGCUUUGAACUUACGAUUCUCCCGCCUCAGCCUCUCAACUUGCUGAGAUUAUAGGGUGUGUAACCAAGUUUAUUUUUUGUGAAUGAUCAGUCUUCAUGAUUAGGGUAAUGCCAGCCUUUACUGGGAUAGCCACUGCAUAUGGCUCUGGGCUUUGUUUUCAUAUUGUGAAAUGUAUGCACAGAUAGAAGAGUCUAUAAAGCACAUUUAUUUAUUAAAAAAUAAAUAUAAAAAAAGAUUCAUGUAAAAAACAUAUUUUAAAGGAAAAGAAAUAAAGCUAACCCUAUUUGUAGAUGGUGUUACUUUCUAUACAGAAAAUGACCAAAAACUUAUAAAAAGCAAAACAAAACAAACAGAAAGCACAAAACACUCCUAGAAAUCAGCAAGGAAACAUUUCCUAUGUCAACAUUCUAGUAAUGAAAGACUGAAAAUAAUUUUAAAAUACACUUCAUAAUAGUAUUAAUAUCAUGAAAAAGUUUUAAAUUCAACAAAAUGUGCACAAAAUCUUAAUGCUGAAUAAAAACAAAAUAUUUUUGAAAGAAAAAAAAAUGAUGACCUGAACACACAGUGUCCAUGACUUGGAAGACUUAUUAUUAGUAGGAAAUCAAUUACUCCUCAAAUAAUGAAUAGAUGUAUCAUAGCCAAAUGAAAAUAUUUAAAGGAAUUUGUUUCUAGAAAUUGAUAAGAUUUGCCUAAUGUUGAUAUAGAAAUGGAAAUGAACUAGAAUAUAAAACAAUUUGGAGAAAUAAAAGUUGAAGAAUUCUUACUGAUUUUUAGACUUAAUAAAAAUUUUGUUUUGGCCAAUACAUAGAUAUAAACAGCAAUAGAACAAAAUAGACCCACUUCCAUGUUUGUAGAAAUAUGUCAAAAUAGACUCUUCUGACAUGUAUAACUAAAAAGAACAAGUUAAAAAAAUUAAAAAAUAGGCCUACUCAUAAAUGGUGAAUGGAGCUUGAAACAUUGGUGUAUGACUGUAAUCUCGGCUACUCGGGAGGUGUGCACAAGAAUUUCAAGUUCAAGAAAAGCCUAGCCAACUUAGCAAGACCCUGUCUCAAAAUAAAAAAAUAAAGGGCUGGGUGUAUAGUUCAGUGAUAGAGUGCCCUCUGGAUUUAAUCCUAGUAUUUACAAAAGUGAGUUGAUUUGAACCUAAGGUGCCAAAGCAAUUCAUUGAUGGAAAGAUGAUUCUUUCAAUGAAUGACAAUAACAAUUAAGUAGCCAUACUUUUAAAAAUCAUUAAAUAAAUCCUUACCUCAGACCAUAUGUGAAAUAAAUUCAAAACAGAACAUGGUCAUGAAUAGAGAACUUAACAUUAUAAAUUUCAGGGAGAAAAGAGUGUACAUGGUUACAAUCCUGGAUUAGGCAAAAAUUAUGUAUAUCAACUAAAGAAGGCAGAAUCAAUAAAAAAUUUUUUUGAUUCAAAAACUAGACUAAAAUUAAAAUUUUUAAUUUUAAAAUUAUGUUUCCCCUUCAAAAUACGUCUUUAAGAAAAUGAAAAGAGGAGCCACAACCUAUAAAGGCUAUAUUUGAUAAAUAAUAAUACACGAAGAACUCUUCAAAUCUUAUUUAUUUAUUUAUGUGGUGCUGAGGAUCAAACCUAGUUCCUCACAUGUGGUAGGCAAGUGCUCUACCACUGAGCCACACCCCCAGCCCAGAAUUCUUCAAAUCAAAAACAAAGAAAACUACCAAAUUGACCCUCAGGUAAUAGAAUUCCAUAGACACUUUACUAAAGAAGAUAUGUGGGUGGAAAGCAAGCUAAUGAAACGAUACCCAACUUCACCAGCUUCAGAAAUGCAAUAUUUAGUAUUUGAGUAAAAGUACAGACUUUGUAAAAUUCUUCCUUAUUCUCAGAGUUUUAAGUUUUUGCUUGUGCUUGUUACAUUUUUCACACAGUUUAUCAACUGCUAAAAUGUUUUUGUAUAUAUAUUAUCAUCGCAGAGCAUCUCCCUUUCUCCUCCCUCCUGUCAUUGAUUUCUGAAUAUCAGACUAAGAAUAUGGAAUUGAAUGUGCAUGACUAGGCAACAAAUAAAUCCACAAGGACUGAGUAUCUGACAAUUUUAUUUUUGGUGUUCAGAUAGAAUACAAACAAGGAGCACUUAAUACGUAUGCUUAAUGAGGACUUCUGAGGAAUGAACUCUAGGGAUAGAAACUUGGCUAAAAUUCCUCAUGGAACUCCAAAUCUCCAGAGAUGGGGUGUGUAUGCCAAUCAUCCAAACAUAACCAGAGACAUAUGAGUCUGUCUAAAUGUUCUCCUCCAGUGAGAAAGGUCAUUAAUUCUCAGCCUCAGCUGUGAAUUUCCCAUCAUCCAACAUUAAGUAUGGAGCCAACAGAGAUGGAGAUUUUUUUGAAAAUGCGUGACAGCAGCAGAGAGCAGCCCAAUAACAAGGGAUGAGGAAUGCAGGUGAGAGCACAAUUACCUCCAACAAUGGAUUGAUUCAUAUAGACACAAACACAGUGAGUCACCUUAAGAAAACAAAAACCACUGACUCAUUCUUCAUAUAACCAAGUUUAAAGGGGGAAACAUCUUGUGGUCUGUCAGGUACAAGAUUUUUGGGUCAGGAUGUGCUUGUCUAUUGUAGAACAGAGCAACUACAUUACAAAGACAAAAAUAGAGAAGCCUGUGGUGGAUAAGAAAGAAGAAAAUGGGACUUGGCAGUGCUAGGUCCAGUUAUAAUAGGAUAUUCCUAGAUUUAGCCAGAAUCUUAGACCCAAAAGCACCAUUUCCUACAACCCAAGAAGAGAUACUCCUUUGUAUGACAUUAAAGACUCUGCUCUUCUGCCCUUAGCUUCUCUUUUGUUCCAGUUGCCACUCUACAUCCAUUCAAUGUGGUCUGUGGCUUCAUGUGUUGCCCUGGAGGUCAGAGGUAAGGCUUUAUUUUAAGGCUCAGGGAACACGAACACUCAGCCAUGCGGAUAUGUCAGACAUCUCAUACAUAGUCAUACACUUACCAGGACUCACAAAAGAUUAGUUCAUGAAGCAGCAUACUUAAGUUUAAAAACUAAGGAUUCUUCUCACAGACAGGGGUAGGUGCUCUCUCACCCUACAAGCUGUGUAGGAGAAAUAAUUAAAAUCUAGAAGGUGAGUGGUUAAUAUGCAACCAGUAACAGGUUUCCUGCCAAAGCUCAUCUUGUUAGGAUCUAAGUCAUAAAGUGAUAACAUAAUUUCCAGCAACUGACCAUCCUGAUGCAAGCACAUACUGUAACCCAAAGGCUGUAACAGGAGAAUACAGAAUCAUUUGAGCUUGAUGUUCUCAGUGUUGGGGCUUACUGGCAAAUCCAACAUAAGUGGAAAAGUCCUUGUGGACAUCCUAUCACUCCUCUCUCUCUCUCUGCUUCCCUUAUGGGGAACUAUCUGUCCCAAAAACCAAAAGAUGCACACCUAUUGGUCAAGGCUCUCAAUUAUCUUGCUAGUCUUGCUGAUAUAUUGAUGACAUAUCACACACUCUCUCCUACAAUCCUCAACUACUAAGAUCCACCAUACACAUGUCUCAUUAGGAACAUCUUCUAGCUUUAUCUUAUACAGUUUUACCUGUGAUGGUUCUGCAAAUUACUCCAGGUAAAAUGAUUUCACAUCUCAGCAUUGCAUCCUUAAUUUCACUAAAUUGGUUCUCAUGGUGAUCAUCAUCUCACUGUUCCAUAAUAUGUAUAUCCUAGAACCCAAAUCCUCAAAGUAUUCCCUAGAACAUCCUUAACUUCAGCAAUCAGAUAGCAGUUGCUGCCUCUCACUCUUCCUUUUUCUUAAGAUUUUUGUCUCCCAGGGAAUGCAUCUUCCCUCCUUUCCAACUAAAAUACCAUGAAUCCUUCCAGAGUCAUUACAUUCACAAUGUUUUACUUGACCCCCAGCCAUGGUGAUUUCUUAGUCCUGACUUUAUCAUUCAGAUGCACCAGGUGAUCUUGUUCUUUAUCAAUUAGUUCACUUUCCUCCAACAGAAAAAUAAUCCAGAUACAAUAAGUAUCUGCUUUUCUUCUUCUGAGGGAAGAAGAGGAGGAAAAAGGCUGCCCACAGCUACCUGCUCCAUGAUCAGGUCAGCAGACCCAAUAGCUAUGAUCUACAGUAAAGACAUCCUAAAGGUAGCUGAAAUAUUGGGGAUAAACCACCAAGAAGGUCUAUGGAAGCUUACAAAUUUCCCAAAUUCUGAGAAAAAAGCUUUUUUAAAAAGAAACCAUAUACCUAAUUUGUAGGUUUAUGGUAUAGCACUUAAUACAGAGUUUGAAACUUUAAAGUUUUAAUCAAUUUGGUCAUAUAACUAAGUGGUAUAGCAGUAGCCCCAAGUCCAUGAGGCCCUGGGUUUCACCUUAAGCAAUGCAAAAGAAAAGAAAAAGAAAAAGAAUUUUCAUAAAUGUAGCUAAUCAAAGUACAUCCUGAAGGUAACUAGGUGUGGCAUAGCAUGCCUAUAUUCCAACAUAUUCCAGAACCUGAGGUGAAAUAAUCUAAAGAUCAGAAGUUUUAGGCCAGCAUGAGCAACACAGAAAGACCACAUUUCAAAAAGAAAGAAAGAAAGAAAACCACAUGCUUGCUUUAUGUAAAAGUAAGAAAAGAAAAUGUUCAACUUAUUUUGAACUCUGUCUUCUAUUAAUUUUGUGAAUAUGGAUGAAUCACCUAACUGUCUCAUUCUUCACUUUCUAUUGUGGAAGAUAAUGCCUCAAUUAUGAAACUAAGUUACAUCUUGUAUAAGAAAGAACUGAGAAGCAAAAGGGAAUGGAAUAGAGUGAAUAAAACUAUAGCCAUUAGUAUUUAAACACCAUUGAAUUUAACUAGACUUCUUCUAUAAAGAUGCACAAUAAGAUAAUCAUGUUGCAGUUAGUACUCAAUCUAUCAACAUGUUGUUCUAUACAAUGUUUUGGCUCUACUGCUAUCAUGUAAUCUUUUUUCUAUGAUAAUAGGAAUUUUAAAUUUAUUGGUCUUUUCAUUGAUUAUACAUGACAGUAGAAUCUAUUUUGAUAAAUGAUCUUAUGGUAUGACAAUUCUACCCACAGACAUGGAUGGAAAAAAUCAGACAAUGGUCACAGAAUUCCUCCUCCUGGGACUGUCUGGGAAGUCACAGCAGGAGGAGGUCCUCUGUGGACUGUUCUUGGGGAUGUACCUGGUCACCAUCAUUGGGAACCUUCUCAUCAUCUUGGCCAUCAGCUGUGACCCUCAUCUCCAUACACCCAUGUACUUCUUCCUGGCCAACCUCUCCACUGUUGACAUCUGCAUUUCAUCAGUCACAAUCCCCAAGAUGCUGGUGAAUCACAUAGUGGGGAGCAAGUCCAUCUCCUACAGAGAGUGCAUGUCCCAGAUCUACUUCUUCAUCACUUUCAGCAAUAUGGAUGGGUUCCUCCUGAGUGUGAUGGCCUAUGACCGUUAUGUAGCCAUUUGUUGUCCACUUCACUACACCUUGAUCAUGAGGCCCAAACUCUGUGUCCUGCUGGUGGCUGUAUCUUGGCUCAUUACCAACCUGCAUGCUCUCUUACACACUCUUCUCAUGACUCAACUCACCUUUUGUUCCAACAAUGCUGUGCACCACUUCUUCUGUGACCCUUACCCUAUUCUCAAGCUCUCUUGUUCUGAUACCUUUAUCAAUGACUUGAUGGUCUUCACUGUGGGUGGUUUGAUAUUUAUGACACCAUUUACAUGUAUCAUUGUUUCCUAUGCUUUCAUCUUCUCUAAUGUGCUGAAGUUGCCAUCAGCCCAAGGGAUAAGGAAAGCCCUGUCCACCUGUGGGUCCCACCUCACAGUGGUCUCCCUCUUCUAUGGGGCAAUCUUGGGGGUCUAUAUGCACCCUUCAUCCUCCUACUCAGUUCAAGACACUGUGGCCACUGUCAUCUUCACAGUGGUGACACCCUUGGGCAAUCCCUUCAUCUACAGCCUGAGGAAUCGUGACAUUAAAGGAGCCCUUAGGAAGCUAAUUCUUAGGUCCUAGAAGUAGAAUAUUUUAGAAAACAACUCCUGGACAUCAUGUAUUUCUUGUCCUGUUACAAACAGAGAAAUAAGGCCACAUAGGUAUAAAA